UCAUGUUGCGUAUGAUUGGUAUGUUCUUUUUUUUAAUCUUUCACAGCUUCACCCGGUCUUGAUGCUCAUCGGCUUCAUUAUUCUUGGAGGAGAAGCUAUUAUGAGUUAUAAAUCACUCCCAUUUAACAAGGAAGUGAAAAAGACGAUUCAUCUGGCUUUGCACGCUGUCGCCUUGGUACUUGGUAUCGUCGGGAUCUGGGCAGCCUUCAAGAAUCACAAUGAAAGCGGCCUUGCCAAUUUGUACAGCUUGCAUUCAUGGCUUGGAAUAGGUGUCAUUGUUCUUUAUGCCAUUCAGUGGAUUUAUGGCUUUGUGGUGUUCUUCUACCCGGGAGGAACAUCAAAUAUCAGAUGCGAAUCGCUUCCUUGGCAUGUGCUAUUUGGUAGCUUUGUGUAUGUCUUGGCUGUCGGGAAUGUGUGUUUGGGGUUUCUUGAGAAGCUCACCUUCCUUGAGAGCUCGGGUCUGUACAAAUACGGAUCUGAGGCAUUUCUUAUCAAUUUCACAGCCAUUGCAACGAUUCUAUACGGGGCCUUUGUUUUCUUGACUGUCCUUUCUUCACACACUCCUCUAGAUGAUCACAGUUACUCUGCAAUAUGAGUGCAUGCUUGUACUGUUAUGGUAUGUUGUAUUGUAUAGUUUAACCGUGUACANCGUGCGCCAAAUAAAUAUGAGCAGGAUGG